AUGCGCGAUCUCGCGAGCGUCACCCAAGAAAAGGGAUCCAACAUAGAAGAGCUUCAGGAAAAAGUGCAGAAAACUCUUAACUCUCUGCCCAACGAAUUAGAUGAAUAUUAUGGCACAAUUAUCGAGAGAAUACCGUCGGGCUUCCGCCGGGAAGCGUAUAUGGCACUGGAGGUUAUUUGUCGUGCAGAAGAAGAGAUAAGUCUAAACGACAUGGUCCACAUAAUCGAUUGCUCCAGAGCCCGCAACCUGGAGGAGGCGAGAGCUAGAACCAAGGAAACGUCUCGAAUUACACAGGGUUAUGUUCAGAAAUACGGGGGAAAAGGAUACAUUCGAAUGCUAUCGGGUGGAUUAAUCGACAUUGUUCACCACGAUGGGAAAUCUCAGGUUCAAUUCAUGCACCAAACCAUCAAAGAUUUCGUGGAAGAUCCCCGGUUCAAAGCCCUCAUCUUGGAAAAAUGGCGUGCCAAUUUCGCCAAAGAAAAUGGCCAUUCUUUCUUAGCAAAGUAUCACUUUCUCGCCACAGACUUUGGCAAAUCCUGCAUCUAUCACGCACAAGAGGCUGAGGUUACCACGGGACUAAGCCAGUUCAAGGAUUAUGCACAAUCCCCGUUUGUGCCCUACACCUUCAUCAUGAAUGGCUUUUCGCGCAAACUACUGUCGCCACUCGCCUUUUCGGUAUUCUCUGGAUUGAAGCUCUGCAUCGAAGAUGCAUAUAAAGCAGAUCCUUCUUGCCUGGCAAACUGCUCAGAUGACUUGAUAGUUCUUCUCCAUGAAGCAGUUGGCCGGACCUAUCACUUACGCAAUGCGAUUGAUCUAGCCAGGUCCUUGGUUGCAAAAGGCAUGAGAGGGCAAAGGAGCCUGGUUGGAAUGAGGCAAGUCUCGGGUACUAUCUGGUCACUCGAACCAUCCAUGACCGCGGAAGCGUUCACUGGCGAGCCAAACGGCGUUACCACGGCCAACAGCGAUGACUCUCAUUAG